AUGGGCCCCGAGAACAACGGGUACCCUGAGAGUCAGAGCAGCCUGCGGCGCCAACCGUGUCAGCCAGACGGAGAGCGAGCUAACGUCCUGGAGGGUGAGUCCAUGGACCAGGAUGUUGAGAGCCCUGUGGCCAUUCACCAGCCAAAGUUGCCUAAGCAGGCCAGGGACGACCUGCCAAGACACAUCAGCCGAGACCGGACCAAAAGGAAAAUCCAGAGGUACGUGCGGAAAGAUGGAAAGUGCAACGUCCACCAUGGCAACGUGAGGGAGACCUAUCGCUACCUGACCGAUAUCUUCACCACCUUAGUAGACCUCAAGUGGAGAUUCAACCUGUUGAUUUUUGUCAUGGUUUACACAGUGACGUGGCUCUUUUUUGGGAUGAUCUGGUGGCUAAUUGCAUACAUCCGAGGAGACAUGGACCACAUAGAGGACCCUUCAUGGACUCCUUGCGUCACCAACCUCAACGGGUUCGUCUCUGCUUUUUUAUUCUCCAUAGAGACAGAAACCACCAUUGGUUAUGGCUACCGGGUCAUCACGGACAAGUGCCCAGAGGGAAUUAUUCUCCUCUUAAUCCAAUCUGUUUUGGGGUCCAUUGUCAAUGCAUUCAUGGUGGGAUGCAUGUUUGUAAAAAUAUCGCAACCCAAGAAGAGGGCAGAGACCCUGGUUUUUUCCACCCAUGCGGUGAUCUCCAUGAGGGAUGGGAAACUGUGCCUGAUGUUCCGCGUAGGGGAUCUGAGGAAUUCUCACAUCGUGGAGGCUUCCAUCAGAGCUAAGUUGAUCAAAUCCAAACAGACCUCAGAGGGGGAGUUCAUCCCCUUGAACCAGACGGAUAUCAACGUAGGGUAUUACACCGGCGAUGACCGUCUCUUUCUGGUAUCACCACUCAUCAUUAGCCACGAAAUUAACCAACAGAGUCCUUUCUGGGAGAUCUCCAAAGCCCAGCUGCCCAAAGAGGAACUGGAAAUUGUGGUCAUCCUAGAAGGCAUGGUGGAAGCUACAGGGAUGACGUGCCAAGCUCGAAGCUCCUACAUCACUAGUGAGAUCCUCUGGGGGUACCGGUUCACCCCUGUCCUGACGCUGGAGGACGGGUUCUACGAAGUCGACUACAACAGCUUCCACGAGACCUACGAGACCAGCACCCCAUCUCUCAGUGCCAAAGAGCUGGCCGAGUUAGCCAGCAGGGCUGAGCUGCCCCUGAGCUGGUCCGUCUCCAGCAAACUCAACCAACACGCAGAACUGGAGACUGAGGAGGAAGGAAAGAACCCUGAGGAGCAGACGGAGAGGAAUGGUGAUGUGACGAAUCUAGAGAACGAAUCCAAAGUUUAGUCCCCUGGCUGGGCCACCCCUUCUCCUCUUUGCCCACAACCUUCCCUUGUCUCUCAUUCUCUUUCUUUUCUGUCUCUCUUACUUUGUUCUUUCCUUAUAUUGAAGUUU